CCGCCGUGAAGAGCCGUAGCGGCAGCCAGGGGAGUCUGCUGAGCGCACAUGCACGCACCGCACCGCACCGCACCGCCACGGCUCGUCGCUGCGACCGCAGCCGGUGCGCAGCGCAGGCGGGAGGACGCGCGGCUCUCUCCGGCACAUGGAGGCGGAGUGGCCGGAGAUCGGACACGGCGGGACUCGUCUCGGAUCGUCUGACUGUCUGACUGUCCGUGUGUGCGUCCGUGCGUGUGUGUGCGCGCGCGCGCGUGUGUGUGUCCGUCUUGCUCGCGGAUUGCUGCAGUGCUGUUUUUUCCAGGUGUUGUGGUGCGUGCGCGCGUGUGUUUGAGUGUGUGAGUGUGUGUGUGUGUGUGCGCGCAUGGUGGUGAUGUUGUAGCCCGCCGUAAUUCUCUUACGAAUUGGACUAAGCCGGGGAACGGAGUCUGAUGUCACAUGUGCUUCAUCGGAGGACACGGGGCAUCUGCAAGCGGGAUUUUGUGGAGGAUGCUGCGGCAAGUGAUACACAGAGGGCUCAAGGCUUCGUUCUACUGGCUGGGCUUAUUCGUUAGCAGGCACCCCGUUUUCUUCCUCACCGUGCCCGCGGUCCUCACCAUCAUUUUCGGAUCUACCGUGCUGAGCCGAUUCACGCCGGAGACGGACCUGGAGGUGCUGGUCGCGCCGACCCACAGCCUCGCCAAGAUCGAGCGGAGUCUCGCCAACAGCCUGUUCCCCAUCGACCAGUCGAAGCACAAGCUGUACUCGGAUCUGCACACCCCGGGCCGAUAUGGCAGGCUGAUCCUGCUCGCCAAGUCCGGGGGCAACAUCCUGGAGCUCGCCGAGCAGGUGCUGCGGGUGCACAAGCGGGUGCUGGAUUUACGCGUGAAUUACAAGGGGUUCAAUUACACGUUCGCGCACCUCUGCGUCCUGAGCCACCGGGACAAGCGCUGCCUCCUGGACGACAUCGUCACCAUCUUCGAGGACAUCAGGCAGGCGGUGCUGUCCAACAGCACUUUCCACAAGGUGCCCGUGAGCUACCCGAACACCACGCUGAAGGAUGGCCGCGUGUCCUUCAUCGGCCACCAGCUGGGCGGCGUGUCCUACUCCCCCAACAGCCGGGACCAGCAGGUCAAGUUCGCCCGCGCAGUUCAGAUCACCUACUACCUCCGCAACCACGGACCCGUGGUGCAGGACGCCAUCGCCGAGCGCUGGGAGAACGAGUUCUGCGCGCUGGCCAGCCGGCUGUCCACGGCCGAGGCGCCGCACGCGCCCGACCAGCUCCACGUCCAGUCGCUCACCUCCUUCAGCCUGUGGCGGGACUUCCACCAGACGGGCGUGCUGGCCAAGGGCGAGGUGCUGGUCAGCCUGGUGUUGGUGCUCCUGGCCGCCACCAUCUCCAGCUCCAUGCGGGACUGCCUGAGGGGUAAGCCGUUCCUGGGCCUCCUCGGCGUGCUGACCAUCUGCAUCGCCAACGUGACGGCUGCGGGCAUCUUCUUUAUAUCCGACGGGAAGUUCAACUCUACGCUGCUGGGGAUCCCGUUCUUUGCCAUGGGCCAUGGAACCAAAGGAGUGUUCGAGCUGCUAGCAGGCUGGAGGAGAACGAGGGAAAACCUCCCCUUCAAGGAGCGCGUGGCGGACGCUUUUGCCGACGUGAUGGUGUGCUACACCAUGACCAGCUCACUCUACAUCAUCACCUUCGGCAUGGGAGCUAGCCCUUUUACCAACAUCGAGUCGGUGAAAAUCUUUUGCCAGAGCAUGUGCGUCGCCAUACUGGUCAACUACUUCUACGUUUUCUCUUUCUACGGCUCCUGCCUGGUGUUUGCUGGACAGCUGGAGCAGAACCGCUACCACAGUGUUUUCUGUUGCAAAAUCCCCUCAGUGGAGUAUCUGGACCGCCAGCCCACAUGGUUUAAAACUAUGAUGAGCGACGGCCAUGACCUGUCCACGCACCAUGACAGUGUCCCCUACCAGAAUCAUUUCAUCCAGCACUUCCUGCGAGAGCACUACACAGAAUGGAUAACCAACACUUAUGUCAAACCCUUUGUGGUCAUCCUCUAUCUUAUCUACGCCUCUUUUUCAUUCAUGGGAUGUUUACAAAUCAGUGACGGAUCGAAUGUCGUCAACCUGUUGGCUAGUAACUCUCCAAGCGUUUCAUAUGCUCUGACCCAGCAGAAAUAUUUCAGUAACUACAGUCCUGUGAUUGGGUUUUACAUUUACGAGCCAAUUGAGUACUGGAACUCCACAGUGCAGGAGCACCUGAAGACACUGAGUCAUGGCUUCAACAAGAUCUCCUGGAUGGACAACUUUUUCCACUACCUGCGGGUGGUAAACGUGAGUGCGUCGACCAAGGGCGACUUCAUCACCAUCCUUAAAGGCUCCUUCCUGCGCAGCCCGGAGUACCAGCACUUCACUGAGGAUAUCAUAUUCUCAAAGAACCGUGAGACUGACGAGUACGAUAUUAUUGCCUCACGGAUGUACUUGGUGGCGCGGACGACUGAGAAGAAGCGCGAGGAGGUGGUGGAGCUUCUGGAAAAGCUCCGUCCCUUGAUGCUGAUCAACAGCAUCAAGUUCAUUGCCUUCAAUCCCACGUUUGUGUUCAUGGACCGCUACAGCUCCUCCGUCAUCUCCCCCAUCCUGACCUCAGGCUUCAGUGUACUCACCAUCCUCAUCCUCACUUUCUUCCUGGUCAUCAACCCCUUAGGGAACUUCUGGCUCAUCCUCACAGUCACAUCUGUAGAACUGGGCGUCUUGGGUUUGAUGACCCUUUGGAACGUUGGCAUGGACAGCAUUUCAAUUCUGUGCCUUAUUUAUACCCUCAACUUCGCCAUGGAUCACUGUGCACCACACCUGUACACUUUUGUGCUGGCCACCGAGCACACUAGGACGCAGUGCAUCAAGUUGGCACUGGAGGAGCACGGGGCUGCCAUCCUGCAGAACACAUCCUGCUUUGUGAUCGGGAUCAUGCCCCUGGUGUUUGUGCCUUCCAAUCUGACCUACACACUGUUCAAGUGCUCCCUCCUCACUGCAGGCUGCACUGUGCUGCACUGCUUCGUCAUCCUGCCGGUCUUCCUGACCUUCUUCCCGCCAUCCAAAAAGAGACACAAGAAAAAGAAACGGGCCAAGCGGAAAGAGCGGGAGAGGGAACGGGAAAGGGAGAGGGAAAGAGAGCGGGAGGAGAUAGAGUGCAUUGAAGUCAGGGAGAAUCCUGAUCAUGUGACAAACGUCUGAGUAGUUUGUAAUUUGAGCAAUGCAUAUCAGUGGGUAAGGUAUUGGUUAAUGAGGCAUUCUCCAAUUGCGAGGCGCCUCUAGAGGUAAAGGGGAGUCUGAUAUGUCCCCUGAGGAGUGGACACUCGUCACUCCCAACCAAUAGCAGCAAAGCUGACUAGAGUAGAGCGCAGCCCCACUGGUCAGUCAUUCAGUCCUCCAGUCUGGACAGUGUAUCUCAUUUGCACAAACUGCAAAAUGCUCACGGUUCUAAAGCUCUUUCCCAAUUAUUUGGUAUUUUAAAAAAAGGUAGUUGACAGAACUUAUGCUUGCUAAAUCUGUAGGUAAAUUCUAAACAUACAGUAUACUAGUCCAUUUAAGUAUUAGCAAUUUUAGGUUCAUCUCCUGCAGCCCUUAUCUCAAAGGCAGUGAGUGAGGAUCAUUGCAGUCUGUUAAAAUAAGGACAUGAAGACACGUUGGUGAAAGUGCUUUGGGUGAUAAAACAAGAGUGCACAGAUUAGAGCUACGCAAAUGACGAUUGUGAUCGUACCUCGCACCUUGAUCACAGCAAAGAGAAACAAAACCAAAUUCAGCGGAAAGAGAAAACUGUGGACCUGGAAGCACACUGCAUGCUUUUCUGUCACAUGAAAAAUAGCUGAACAGCUGAUCUGGGUAGAUGGCAUACACUGUGUCCAUUGUGAAGAAUUAUCUUGCACAUUGAAUUAUGUGAAUAGAACUGUCAAGGUUCAUGUUAGCAGGAGGCCAAUAUUUCUGCUCUAUUCCAGAGGUCAAAUAAAGUCUUAGACAAAAGGCAAAAUUAACUGCAGUGGGCUGCAGCGUAUGAGGAGAAAGGGAGAAGUAACUAUUGGGUAGCAGUGUUUUUGAGAAGGCCUGAUUCUUGGAGUACUUAUUAGUACUCAGAGUACUACACUGUUUUUGCAGACCAGAGAAACCCAAAGUGAAGUGUUUUUCCAAGGUUGGAAAAUAUCAAACAAUCUAUCAGAUAGAUAACAAUGGAAUUUCUGUUAGAGUACGAAUGUCGUUGUGAUCCACUUGCAAAAGCUCACUGGCAUGGCACUGGUAAUUGGAAGUUCUGAAUGUGAUUCAGUGUGAGCAGUUGUGCCAAAUGGUGUACAGAAACUUUUGUCUGACAGAUUUCUAUAAAAACAAACAAACAAGCAAAAAAACAUCUCAGUAACUUUGAACUUCGUCCUGGCUAAUUCAAAAGAUUGCCAUUCAGUGUUGUUCGGGUUUGUGAAGCAGUUGAGGACACUGUCUUUGAAUAGCGUGAAAACGGAAAUGGAAAAGCUGAAGUGACGUUAGAACUUGUAAGAAAAUUCUGUUGAAAAUCACAAUGACAUUUUUAUAAUUCAAAUUAGUAAAAAAUUCAGCCCUGCAACAUAACCUUGCUGAAGAGCAUGAUGUUCACUCCAUGCCCCAUUGUUUUUCUGAGUAUUUUUAUUUUGAUCUGCCUUCAAGAUGUCUAUGCUUUUAUGCUUCAGUGUAAAAUGAUAGGGGUGGAUCAUAGAAACAAGGUGACAGAGAAUCAUCACCUGGCGUUGCAGUUCCCCUCAGCUGGGCAGAACUUUUUAGCAUUUUUCAGCUUUGUUGUAGUUGUACAACCCACAACCUAACUGUUUUGGUUUACUCUGGCCAUUCUCAUUGGCCUGGUUUGCAGCAGCAGGCAGCUUUCGCCUGUGAAAAAGCUUUAUCAAUGCCUCCCUGUGCUACCCAGCCUGCACUAAACAACAGACAAAUGUAGUAACUAGCAGUGCAGCCAAAUGAGCCUUUGCGGGGAACUUGGUGGAAACCAAAACUGAGUUGGAAGGAGACUGGAUAUUUACUUUAUUUGGUCGAACACACAACUCGAACAAAAUUAUUGCUAAUGUUGCUCCAAGACUGCUAGAUGUGUACAAAAGUAGUUGUUUGCCGUUUAAAAAAAGGUGAUGAAUUGCUGCUAUUUUGUUUAGUUGGCCUGGACCCAUAUGGCCAAAAAGGAAUUAAUCUAUUAAUGCUUUGAUGAACACCUUUUCCCCUAAGCUCAAGACCAUGGUGGGUUGAUACAGCUUGACAGACUGGAUAUGAGCGAUAUGCUACUAGCUAAGAAAGAAACGGUUUCGAUGCAUUAAAUGUGCAAGUCUCUGCUCGGAAAAGUACUAUUUUCUUUAAUGCUCUCAAAUUAAUAAUUUAGUUUUGUUACAAUUGUGAAGGGUUCACAUAAUAAUAUAUAUAUAUAUACACUCACCAAGCACUUUAUUAAGAAACCCAUACUCACACUGGGUAGUUCCUCCAUUUGCUCCCAAAACGGCCUCAGAUCUUCGUGGCAUGGAUUUCACAACACGAUUGAAACUUUCCUUUGAGAUUCUGCUCCAUGUCGACAUGACUGCGUCACAUCAUCUCUGCAGACUUGUCAGCUGCUCAUUAAUGCUGCCAAUCUGCUGUUCUACAACAUCCCAAAGGUUCUACUGGAUUCACACCGGAUGACUGGGGAGGUCACUGAAGUUCACCGAGCUCACUGUCAUGUUCAUGUUCACCAGUGUGUGCUUUGGGACAUGGAGCACUAUCCUGCUGGAAGUAGCAGUUAGAAGAUGGUGAACCGACAGGGAUGAACGUGUUCAGCAACAACACUGAGACAGAGUGUUAAUGAGUCUGUGUCCACUGCAGCCUCAGAUUUUUUUAUGUUCUUGGCUGGCAGGAGUGGAGCCUGACAUGUUUUCUGCUGUUGUAGACCAUCCUCCUCAAGGUUGUUUUUUCUUUCGGACAUGAUAUUCAGUUCAUAACAGUGGUUACCACAGACUUUUUGUCACCUCCAACCAGUCUGACCAUGCUCCUCUGACCUGUCAACAACAAGGUGUUUUUUGUUCACAGAACUGCUGCUCACUGGAAGAUUUUUGGGUUACUACUCCAUUCUGCGUGAACUAGAUUUAAUUUUCCCCACUCCAGUUUGAUAUUUAAACAUAUGAACACUAACUGAGGCUACUGACCUAUAUCAUUGCUCGGCUGCCACAACAUUGGCUCACUGGGUGAUUGCAUGAAUGUGAACUAAAGUGCUUGGUGAGUGUAUAUCCUCUGUAUGCAAACCAUAGGAGAACAUACCACUGGAUACACGGUAAAAACACAUUCAAACUUCAUUUGCAGUUCAGUUUAAGAAACAUGUUGAAAAUUGCAUAUUUACACACGAAAGAACACGAAAAGUAAAUCGCCACUGUAGGACACAUGCAGGCCUGGAGCUGGUCUUGUCCAUGCAGUAACUGAGGAUCAUUUGAUAUGUGCUCAGUAAGUUCAAAUAACAUUCGAUAUAUAUAUAUAUAUAUAUAUAUAAUACCCCCUCUUUAAUAUUCGGUCUUAGGAGUCCAAAAUGUCUGCUGUUUUUUCAAAUGGGUAAACAGUGUUAUCUGUGUCCGUCAAAAAACAGAUACGAAUCUCUGUCGCAGUGAAAAAACAAACACACUGCAAGGUCAGCAGGCCCAACAGAUCCCAAUCUCAAACUGACCUCUAGCAGGCAGAAUUUAGCGGGUGGCAUCAUGUGAUAGAGAGCAGAUAUUGCCGACUGCACAUUAGUCAAUACCUUCUUAGGACACCGACUGGUUCUUACAGGCUGUCAUUGACGGGACACUCCUGGCUCAUUUAUUCGCGCUGCCACCAAGAAAGUGAAAAUCUCAGUUAAUCAGGCAGCCUGAGGAAGGCAAGCGUGUUCAGGCUGGACCAAAUGACAGUGAGGUGUAUCUGUGGAUACUUGAAAAAGGAGGGCAUACAUUCAUAUGACAAAUUACAAGUUCUGAAAAUUGCUAUUAAGUUUAUGGCAAGCUACUACCUGAAGCAGCUGCAGUGAAAGUCACAUUAUGUAAAAGCCAUGUCAUGUAUGUAUAGCAAGAAGGCAUGAAAUCUUUGAAAAUGGGAAAGAAAUGCAAAUCUUAAAUAAUUAACUUCCCAAAAAUGGACUCUUUGCAUGGCACUGUAUUGUAUGUAUGUAUGCAUGUAUUUAAUUUGUCUGUAUGAAGUCUGCGUAUUUUUUAAUUUUGCUCCACUAUGGUGACUUCUGUUUGUUGUUUCGAUGGAUAUUCUGUAACACCAUGUGCUGCAAAAGAACAAAAUGAGUCAUAUAUCUGUUCCAAAACAAAAGCCAGAGGAUAUUUCAUCUGUAAAUACCUGUAAAUUACUCUUUUCUAUAUUUUCUAAGAAAAACAAAUACUAUAGAAAGAUUUUUAAUGACCGAAUUUUCUUAAAAAAAGAAUAAAAAAGUGCAAAAAAAGUUGAACACAGUAGGCCAGUAACAUACAGUGGAAUGUUUCCAGUAUACUAGAUCUUAUUCCUUGCAAACUACAGUGUCAAUGUUUGUUGAUGAUUCACAUUUUUAUGUGGGGAAACUGUUGCCACCAUUUUAUUGUUUGUGUCCUUUAGAUCCUCUUCUUGGCCCUCACAUUUAAAGAUAUCACACAGUAUUCAAUGGCCCUGUUGUAAACAACACAACAGUCCAUCAGGCUUCAUAAUGAUAUUUUUUAACAAAUAAAUAUUUAAGAAAUACAGUUUAUAGAUGGGAUCUCCAAUUUAUGCCCCAAAUUAAAUCUAUUACACAUUGCUAUAUGGCAGGUAAAGCUUGGCAGCGAAGAGUUCAAUAUUUAGCAUUAUUGUUAACUCUUCUGGAACAUCAUUCCUAGAUCUUGGCACCUUCUUACUCAUUGUUGGCUAGAAAGCUAUUGCCGACCAACACUCACCAUUUUACCGCUACUAUACACCUAGCAUUAAUUUGCAACGCCAAAUGCUGUCUCAUUGGACUACUGUGUAUUUUAAAAUCAUUAGAAAUGAAUAGAAGUCAGUAGAAACUAUUCUUCUACAGCAACACAUUGAGGGCUCACCAGCAGUUUAUUGAAAGAGCAUGAAAUGGCUGAUAUUUAGAACACACUUUGUAUUAUUAUUUUUGCCAAUGAAAAUGAAAACCCAGCUUCAAAGAUGACCCUUCCAUGAUUCAACAUUGUCAACAAAUCCCAUGAAAAGACCAAAACCAACAGUAUGUCUGUUUCUCAAAAUAUCUGACUCCCAUUGGCACUCAGCCAAAACCUACUGGUUCGCAUCGUUUUGUUUUUGUUCAUUUCUUAUUAAAAGUCAUUUAUCAUUAAAAAAGCUAAAUAACAAA